AUGGGUCGACGACCGGGAAAAGUCGCUCUUAAACCCACGUCAAUUGUGCUGAAAACUAGUUCUCAGAAGUUUGAUGUAGGGCAAAACGAAAUUACACCAAAUGUCCCAAUCUCCGAUGUCGAAAUUCCUAAGGCUCUUGAAGAUGAUGCUGAAGAAGACGAUGGAACAAUGGCCGCAGAGUCAGAACAGGCUCCAACUUCUACAACAUCUCUCGUUGAGCCAGUUACCCGAAAGAAAAGAUUAGGCAGGCCUCCCAAGAAUCGUCCAUCCGACUGGGAUGUUCAAGACAGCGAAACUGGUGCUGUUGAGGCGCCCACUACUCCAGCACGAGGAAGAGGUAGGGGAAGAGGAGGGUUUGGACGUGGAGGUGGACGUUGGGCGAGAAGAGGUGGUCCAUCCCACAUAACGCAACAGCCCGUAGACAAGGAAGGAAAUAUGAUGGAUGUCAUAAAUGAUGAAGUUGAACUUCCCGAAGAUGCUGAGGGUGAGAAGAAAGUAGAUAAAAUGGGGCACUUGCAGGAUGGUCGAGAAUAUCGUUGUCGUACUUUUACCAUUCUAGGAAGAGGCCAAAGAUUAUAUAUGUUAUCCACCGAGCCAGCUAGGUGUGUGGGUUUUCGAGAUAGUUACCUCUUCUUCACCAAGCAUAAGAGACUCUACAAGAUAAUCAUUGACGAAGAAGAGAAAAGAGACUUGAUUGAACGGGAGCUUAUUCCACAUUCAUACAAAGGUCGGGCUAUCGGAAUCGUGACGGCACGCUCGGUCUUUCGGGAAUUUGGCGCGCAGAUAAUCGUCGGGGGAAGAAGAGUUAUUGAUGAUUAUGAAGUCGCUAGAGCCAGAGCUGAUGGUAUACAAGAGGGUGAACUUGCUGAUCCAACAGAUAUCGUAAAAGAAGGAGAAGAAUACAACAAGAAUCAGUACGUUGCAUGGCAUGGCGCAAGUUCUGUUUAUCAUUCUGGUGCACCAACGGUCCCAUUGCCGGCGGGAAAAGUAAUUGAUGGAAAGAAAAAGAAAAUCAUGAUCAACGAUGUAAAUUGGAUGCUCGAGCAUGCCCGGGAGGCUAGUCGAUUUAAUGCCAGCCUUGGUACUUUACGUCGUAAAACUCUGAAUGGCAUUUAUGAUAACCACACUAACGUCAUGAUGUAUCCCAAAACCAUGCAGCCAUCUCAUGCUCGGUGGGUUCAGAUCGACGCCGAUGAUGAAGUUAUGCAGAACUCACAUAAUAAUGAUCUUGCAGCAAAUAAAGAAGAUGGUUGCUCUAGUAUAUUCCCGCCCCUCAUGCCAAUGUACUCAAGAAAUAUGUUGGUCGUUGAUACUGUCUAUGAAUCAGCCCCGGCAUCAUUGCUUGGAAUUCCAGGCCCUGACGGUGACACAUUGGAUAUCGGUUUUACUGGUCUUUCAGGUGUGCCAGAAGAAAUCAAAUCCGAACUUCCUCCUAAUUGUCGAAAGGCAUUCGAUGAAGCAUUAAACAUGGAGCAACAGUGGAAGUCACGAUGGGGUAGCGAAAGUGAACAUAGCCACAGAAGACCCCCUAUUAUUGAUAAGGGCGUUGUGUAA